UCCUAGUUAGAAUUUGACUGGGAAAGCGAGAGAGGAGCGGACGGCUGCGAGACUUUGAGGCACUUGGUGCGGCAUUUCUGAAAGACAAGAGACUUCAUCUCAGCAAGGAUUUUGCUAGCUCGUCCUCGCAGUAACGUCAACAAGUCGAAGUUAAGGUAAAUUAGUCUACUUUUGAACUUGUAGCCAAAAAGCUCAUAGAUCGAAGCAAUGGCUGCUAUCCGCAAGAAGCUGGUGGUAGUUGGAGACGGCGCCUGCGGGAAGACCUGUCUGCUAAUCGUCUUCAGCAAAGAUGAGUUCCCCGAGGUGUAUGUGCCGACUGUGUUUGAGAACUACGUGGCGGACAUCGAGGUAGACAGCAAGCAAGUGGAACUUGCCCUGUGGGACACAGCCGGUCAGGAAGACUACGACCGACUUCGCCCACUGUCCUACCCGGACACCGAUGUCAUUCUAAUGUGCUUCUCCGUGGACAGUCCCGACUCCCUGGAAAACAUCCCCGAGAAGUGGGUGCCGGAGGUGAAGCACUUUUGUCCCAACGUGCCGAUCAUACUCGUCGCCAACAAGAAGGACUUGCGGAACGACGAGAACGUCAGGAACGAGCUGGCGCGAAUGAAACAGGAACCGGUGAAGACUGAAGACGGCCGGGCCAUGGCCGUGCGCAUCGGGGCGUACGACUACCUGGAGUGCUCGGCGAAAACGAAGGACGGGGUGCGGGAGGUUUUCGAGACGGCCACCCGAGCCGCUCUGCAGAAGCGCUCGACACCCUCGGGGGGCUGCGUGAACUGCUGCAAGCUGCUGUGAACUCUUUAUUAAUGACUUAAAACUACUGAAAACUAGCGAAUGAAGCGCAGCGAGUCCCUCCGGCGCCAGUCUGAAUGACCGGGAUUGAAGAAACAACAACUCGUUCAGAGACGGGACUCGUGUUCUUUGUGCUAGUUUCGAAGCGGCAGGACCAGAGAUGCACGGGCACAAUGUCCUGAUUCACUCCCAGUGAUAAAGACUAUUUGUGACCACCGAUUUUACUGGGCGGGUGGGGGACUUCGCUGCAGCCAAUGGGCUCGUUGGGUAUGGGGGUCGAAGUGCGUUCAACGCACGACGGCACUGUCCACAUUUUGAGGAUUUUUUUAAAAAAAAUGCCAUGUUACUGCAUUAAAGCUGACUGUACGACCAGAACUUUGGCGAGGACGCACUGGUUUGCCAAACCCAUCUAAAAAAUGUUGCUAGCAAUAUAGCCUAAAGCCUGCUACGUCGCUGUGAUGCCGGCCACGAGACAACCUGGGGAGCGGCGCUCCACUCAGAAGCAAUGACUCUUCGAAAUUAGACGUGUGGACUGUAUUCUUCUGACAUUAUAGAAACCGUUAAUUGGGCAUUGGACGAGGAUGAAAGGGGUGCGAGAGCGGUUGCUGUGCCGCAGAAUGGUGCACAGACUGUUCCGAUUUUACGAGGCUUUGUCUCAGUUUGGGGAGACUAAUCGCUGUUUCUUUUUUUUAAAGUGGAUGUUACGAGCAAGAGAGAGCCACCCGCUUUGCUGCGUCCAUCGUUUUCCACAUAUUUUGCACAAGGUCUUGGAUCUAGCCCAAGACUCUACCCCAAAGCCCAGCAUCAGCAUUUAAACGCACCAUCCUCUGAACUUUUAUAUUUUAUUAUUUGCUCAAGUACAGUUGAACAAAGCCACCACCAAUCGCCUUUGAAUGCAAGGCGUCGUUCAUAAUACAAAUCAAUCUGCCACGAUUGCACUGUGCAUGAGAUUCGAGGCUGAGCUGUUUGGUAAAGAAAGGUUUAAACACUCAAUUGCCUCGUAUCUCUGUUAAUUAGUGUUAUGCUUUCUCUGUUACAGAGGGGGUCUAUUAAGAUCGGUAUUGUACUAUACGAUUUAUUUUUUAUUUUUUUAUACGUCUUUAAGCCUGCGGUACAAAGGAUUUUCUUUGUUUUAAAAAACGACUAAUUGAGUUUCAAGACGUAUGAAAUGUUUACAACAAACCGUGAAUAUGAGCUGUAUAAUCAGUUUUUGCAAAAACAAACGAAAAAGUAUUAAACGUUUAAAAUGAA